AUGAUAGGGUGGGAAGAUGUUUACAAGGUGAUCACAGCCAUGACACCACUUUGUGUAGCUUUAGCUUUAGGCUAUGCCUCGGUAAAAUGGUGGCACAUGUUUACACCUGAUCAAUUUGAUGCUAUAAACCGCUUCAAUUGCUUUUUCAUCAUUCCCUUCUUCAACUUUAAAUUCAUAUCUCAUAUCAACCCUUACGAGCUGAAUUAUCCGUUCCUUGGCGCAGAUUGCAUUGCAAAAUGUAUCGUUCUUAUUGUGCUUGUUUUUUGGACAAAUUGUACAAGAAAAGGAAGUUGUAUGUGGUCCAUCACCGCAUUUUCUUUGUGUAGUUUAAACAACACUCUUAUUGUAGGAGUGCCACUAUUAAAAGCCAUGUAUGGGGAGCUAGGAGAGGACCUUGUUGUUCAAUCUUCUGUGAUUCAAUCACUGGUUUGGGUUAUUUUUUUACUGUUUAUGUUAGAAUUUAGACGUGAAUGGUCUAAAACUAAGUCUAUUACUAACACCAUCAAUGGAGAUUUGCAACUCCAGGCAAUUGAAUGUGGCAGUGAUUUGGAUCAAAACUCCACCCCAAUGUCAAUGAGCAUCAAUAAAACACCACCCAUUUGGUCGAUACUGAAGAUUGUUUGGCUUAAACUUGCUAAGAACCCUAACUUCUAUGCUUGCAUAGCUGGCUUGAUUUGGGCUCUUCUAGCUAGCAGGUGGCAGUUUAAGAUGCCUGAAAUAAUUGAAGGAUCAAUUUUGAUCAUGUCCAAGGCCGGAGCUGGUGUUUCCAUGUUUAGCAUGGGCCUUUUCAUGGCAUUACAGGAGAGAGUUAUAGCUUGCGGUACUCCUUUGACUUUGUUCGGGAUGGCUUUAAGGUUUGUGGUUAGUCCAGCCACGAUGGCUAUUGGUUCUAUUGUGAGUGGUUUGCAUGGUAAUGUCCUGCGCAUUGCUCUGAUCCAGGCAGCAUUGCCACAAUCCAUAGCCUCAUUUGUUUAUGCACAAGAAUAUGGUUUGCACCCUGACAUAUUAAGCACAGCGGUUAUUUUUGGCACUAUAGUAUCUCUUCCUUUGCUGAUAGCAUAUUAUGCUCUACUGGAAGUUGCACGUUGA